UAUGCCAGCUGGAUCCAGGUGGCAUCAAUUUGAUACAAGCGCAUCUUCAACAACAACAUUCGAGCUAACCACGUGCCUGUUGAGGAAUUAUCCCGCUUCCCGUUCUCGCAGGGUUUUACUAUGGCGGCAAUGAUGCCGAGUGCCUCGACCUCCAACGCCGUCUACGACAACGACGCGGUGGAGCGGGACCUGAUCGACCCGGAUGAUGCAACACUCGAUGACCUCGAUGACCCGCUCCAGGGGACCUCGGACCGCGCUCCGCUCACUGGCAGGAUUGCGCCGGGUGGUUCGAACGCGCAGUACCUGACGUCGAGCAUCCCUGGCGAGGACCGCCGCGCACCGACCAACACCAUCGACGAGACGGUAUGGGAGACGCUGUCGCGCGAUCUCCUGGCCAUCUGGGAGAAGAUGAAGCAGGUGCUGUACCCCAAGUAUCUGCUCGGCGGCAUGAUGCAGCAGGGCGGAGGCAUCGCCGCCGCUGAGCGCGGUGAGGCAGACGGCUUCGGCGGCGGCAUCAGGGGCAUUGCGGGCAGAUGGCCAGAUGCAGACGUGCUGCUGCAGAGUGGCAUGAGCGAGGGCCUACGUGACUGGGACCUGUGGGGGCCUCUUAUCUUCUGCCUGCUGCUCAGUCUGUUCCUGUCGCGUGGGGCAAAGGCCGAGCAGAAGGACCUGGUGUUCUCGGGCAUCUUCGCCAUGGUGUGGAUUGGCGAGGCUGUCGUGACGCUGCAGAUCAAACUUCUGGGAGGGAACAUCGCCUUCUUCCAGUCCAUCUCGAUCAUCGGCUACACGCUGUUCCCGCUCGUCAUCGCCGCGCUGCUCAGUGCAGUCGGCAUUCCCAUGAUCGUCAGGAUACCCGUCUAUCUCGUUCUCGUGGCAUGGUCGUUAGCAGCAGGAGUCAGCAUCAUGGGCGGCUCCGGGGUGGUCAGGAACCGCGUUGGCAUCGCAGUAUACCCUCUGUUUGUUUUCUACAUUGCGCUGGGCUGCAUCUGCUUCAUCAGCUGAGUUGGUAGCGUGUAAAGGAUGCUGUAUUAUACCAGGCGUUUGGGUUGUCGACCAACAGGUCUGAACGGGGGCAGGCGUUUUCCUCAAAUUCCAUCAACAUUUCCAUAGAGUCACUUGUCCAUUCGCCUAGCUGCUAGCUGCGCUUGGGUGAAGACGUGCAGUCGCGGUGACGCCCGAACCGUG